AUGUCUCUUGCAGCUCCCUCACCAGUUGAUUCAACCCAACAUACGGUCCCUGACAUUAGGCGGCCAAAUAUAAAUUUUAGUCCUAGUGUUUGGGGGCAUAUUUUCCUUCAAUAUGAUUCUGAAUCCAUGGGAAUCAUUAAUGACAACAUGAAGCAACAAGUACAAAUGCCAAAAGAAGAAGUAAAGAAGAUUUUUCUAUCUUGCAAGAAUGAUGUUUCCCAACAACUAAACUUGAUUGACUCAUUGCAUCGUUUGGGAAUAUCUUAUCAUUUUGAAAGUGAAAUUGAUGAAGCAUUAAAACAAAUCUACACAAAAUUUACUAACAAUAAGGAAAUAACCACUAAUGAAGGUGGCCUUCACUUUCUUGCGUUAGCAUUUCGUUUGCUCUGGCAAAAAGGAUAUCAAAUUUCAUCAGAGAUAUUUGAAAAAUUCAAAAAUAAUGAAGAAAACUUCAAUGAAAAGCUUUCCAAAGAUGUACAAGGAAUGUGGAGCUUGUAUGAAGCUACACAAUUAAGGGUUCAUAAUGAAGAUAUACUAGAUGAAGCACUUGAUUUCACAUACUCUCACCUCAAUUCCUACAUCAACACUCAAUUGAGUCCUUUUCUAUGUACACAAAUACGUCGCUGCUUAAAUACACCUUUUCACAAGGGAGUUCCUAGGUUGGAAACAUGGUAUCACAUUUCUUCAUACAAUGAAGAACCUUCCCAUGAUAAAGUUAUUUUGAAUUUUGCAAAAUUAGAUUUCAAUAUGAUGCAGAAGAUGUACCAAAAAGAACUCGGGGGUAUCACCAAGUGGUGGAAAGAAUCAGACUUUGGAACAAAAGUUCCUUAUGCAAGGGAUAGAGUUGUGCAGGGUUACUUUUGGCUAUUAACCAUGUCCUAUGAACCUAGAUAUACCCUUGCAAGAAAGUUAGGGACAAAAUUGGCAUUAUGCCUAUCUCUUUUAGAUGAUACUUAUGAUGCAUUUGGUACAGUUGAAGAACUUGAACUCUUCACACAGGCAAUCCAAAGGUGGGAUAUAAGUCUCAUUCAAUCCCUUCCAGAGUGCAUGAAAGUUGUAUUUAAUACAAUUUUAGAAUUGUGGGAUGAAUAUGAGACAACAAUUGUAGAGAAUGGAAAAUCAAGUUUAUUGUUGCAUUUUAUAAAUUGGCAAAAUCCUACUUGGUUGAAGCAAAAUGGUGCAAUGAAGGAUUUAUUCCAACUUACAAUGAAUACAAAGCUAAUGGAAUUAUAUCUUCUACACUCUCACUUCAACUUACUAUCUUUUCUUGGUCUUGGAGAAUUUUCAAACAAAGAGUUACUUGAUUGGAUUUUCAGCGACCCAACAAUCAUCAAUGCUGCAGCAGCUAUUGCUAGACUCACCGAUGACAAAUCCUCACAUAAGUUUGAGCAGCAAAGAGUGCAUGUUGCUUCUGCAGUUGAAUGUUGCAUGAAGCAAUAUGAUAUGUCACAAGAGGAAGCUUACAAACUCAUUCUGAAAGAGAUCGAAGAUUAUUGGAUAGUUAUGAAUGAAGAGUGUCUCAAAUUAGACUGCAUCCCAAGCCCAGUGGUCGAAAGUAUUGUUAAUGUGGCGCGAGUAGCCGAGUUCACAUACGAAAACUUUGAGGAUAAAUACACAAAUGGGGAAUUGCUGAAAGACUACAUUGUUAAACUGAUUCUAAAACCUAUAAGCAUUUAG